AUGACGAAGUUUGAUGUCACUAGUUUGUGGGGGCAUGAUGGUGCUGGGUGGGAGUAUGUAAAGGCUGACGGUGCAUCGGGUGGGUUGCUGUUAAUGUGGGAUGAAAACAUUUUUAAAAUGAAUAACUGUUACAAAGGGGAGAGAUGGUUGUGUGUAGAAGGGAUCAUAUUAAAGAAUAAUUUCAAUUGUGCCUUGUUCUUGAUUUAUGGUGCUCAUACUAGAGAGGAGAAACGUGUUGUUUGGGAAGAGUUGAGCUAUACUGCUGGUUUGUGCCAAGUCCCUUGUUGCUUCAUGGGAGACUUUAAUGAGGUUAUAAACAUUGAGGAAAGAAAAGGUUCUACUAGUUUAACAGCGUCUGCUGAAGAGUUCAAGGAUUGGGUCCAAGAUAUGCACCUGUUGGACUUACCGCUCAACGACCGUAAGUUUACAUGGUUCAGAGGCCAGUCCUGCAGUCGGAUUGAUAGAGUUUUGGUGAGCCUGGAAUGGGUUGAGGAGUUCCCAGAGAUUCGCCUAAGAGGAGGACCAAGGGGCUUGUCAGAUCAUUGCCCAAUGAUAGUGGAAGACUCAAGGUUUAGAGAUGGACCUAGACCGUUCAGAAGCUUAGACUCAUGGUUUACACACGAAGGUUUUCUCAGAAUGGUAAAAGAAGAAUGGAGGGGACUAGGGGAGGUGCAGUUUGCAGAUAAAUUAAAGGCCUUGACAAUUCCGUUGGGAAGAUGGCAUAGAGAUAAUUUUGGGAACAUGGAUAAUAAGAUCAUGAAAUUUGAGGAAGAGAUUAAGAAGGUCGAUGACAUGGUAAGCAAUGGGAUAUAUGAUGGAACAGUAGAGGCAAGAAGAAAGGCGCUGGUGACUUGUUGUGAGAAGUGGUAUGUGAGAAAAGAAGUACACUGA